AUGACCGAGAUGCUCGGCGCCCCCAACGCGUCCAACUUCUUCCCGACGCUCGCGUCGUUCGACCUGCAAGGUAUCCGUAAGAAGUCGGACCUUCUCAAGGUCAGGUUCGAUGAUAUCUUCGCCAGGAUCAUGCAACAGAGGAUCAAGUCCGACCAGACCGCCGGCGGCGAGACGGUGGCUGACUUCCUGGAGUACAUGCUCAAGGUGGAGAAGGAAGGCGGCAACGGGAAAACCUCCUUCACCAUGACCAACGUCAAGGCCCUGCUCAUGGACACGGUGGUCGGGGGGACAGAGACGACGUCGAACACAGUGGAGUGGGCCAUGGCGGAGAUGCUGCAGAACCGGUGGACGCUGCGCAAGGUGCUGGAGGAGCUGGACACGGUAGUGGGGCGGGACGGCGUGGAGGAGUCCCACCUCCCGCAUUCGUAG